AUGUGCCAAGCCCGCUAUCUUCUCUCCGCUCCUUGUGGCCACUCCAAGCACGAGGAGACAUGGAUAUGCAAGCGGGCCAAGUCCUUCAGCGGUAUUCUCAACAAGCUCAUCCUCCGGAAGAAGUGCGAGCCAGUCAGUAUCAUCGCAAUCGUCAUUGACUGGUGUCCUGCUUGCAAGGUGGCCUUCGAGAGAAUCGUCGACACUAUCGGAGCCCACCCUGUGACAUACAACAACUUCUGGGACCCGAGGCUGAUGGACCGGUAUUGGUCCAUCAAGUCUGGAAACCAAAGAGUCCGAGAAGUUGAUCCAGAGGAGAUAGGCCCCGUUGCUUUUAAAAGCUACGACAAGAUCCCGUACCACAAGGUCAGGACGGGGCCCAACACAGCAAAGAGAAAGGAGGACAGCUGGGAGUUACGCGCUCUACAGGCCGAAGUACGCCGACUGAAGCCUGUCUGCGUGUGGAUAGAAGACUAUGAACACGAACCCGUCGAGACACUAGAGGAUCAGUUGAACCUUUGCAAAGUCUCCUUGGUUGAAACGAAGAAAAAGGCGUACAACCACGGACUCGUCCAGUAAGUUCUUCCAUCCAUAACUUCUGUCACUUCGUUUGUCA